UGCAAGCCAGAUCUAGCUAGGGAGCUAGCUAGCGCCCAAAGACGUGCGUGCGCGUGCGCGCGCGUGCGCGUGCGCGUCAUGUUAUGUUAUGUUGCUUAUUGCAUCAUUUGCGGUGAUGUUAGCAGUUAGCAUGCUAGCUAAUAGCGAUAUAUGAAUCGGUAACUCUCUAAUCCGAUACGGAGAGCUGCUUUGCAAAAGUCCCUGAGUUAUUGAGUGGAUACUGACCGAAGUUGUGAAUAAAAACUGAGUCGCAGAAAAGCGAACUGCCGGCUCAAGGUGUAGCGAGGACAGCUUUCAGUCUGCUGUGCAACAGCCGAGGGGCCGCGUCAGCCACCGAUCGUUAACCCGCUGUGAGUUUGGUUUGUAAUUUGACUGUCAGCCGAUAGCGUAAAUUCGUCUGCAAGGUCGUGCUCUGUAACCAGGUGAGCUGUAUGUGUCCGACAAAUGUGGCAGCGACCAGCACGGGGAUGGCACGGACCAGAAACCCUUUAAAACUCCCCUCCAGGCUCUGAUGUUUGCUGAAAAAGAGCCAUUCCCCACAAUCUAUGUCGAAUCACAGAAGGAGGGAGAGCGUUGGGCGGUGAUCUCUAAGACGCAGAUGAAGAACACAAAGAAAGCCUUCAACCGUGAGCAGAUAAAGUGCGACUCCAAAGAAAAGAAGGAGGCAGAGGAUACCGAGAGGAGGGAGAAGAACCUAGAAGACGCCAAAAAGAUCACCAUUGAAAAUGACACCAGUCUGCCUGAGCCUGAUACGGUUAAAAUCCGCCUUCUGGAGAGCAAGCGUGGUCAGAGAGUCAAAGUGUUCGGAUGGGUUCAUCGCCUCAGGAGACAGGGAAAGAACCUGAUGUUUAUUGUGCUGAGAGAUGGUACUGGUUUCCUCCAGUGUGUCCUGUCUGAUAAACUGUGCCAGUGCUACAAUGGCUUGGUGUUGUCAACCGAAAGCACAGUCGCGCUGUACGGGACCGUCACUCCAGUUCCUGAAGGCAAACAGGCGCCGGGAGGCCAUGAGCUGCACUGUGACUUCUGGGAGCUGAUUGGCUUGGCUCCGGCAGGCGGCGCCGACAACCUAGUGAACGAGGAGUCGGACGUGGACGUCCAGCUUAACAACAGACACAUGAUGAUCAGAGGAGAGAACGUCUCCAAGAUCCUCCGUGUCCGGUCCACCGUCACGCAGUGCUUCAGGGAUCACUUCUUCAACCUCGGAUACUACGAGAUCACUCCUCCCACCCUGGUGCAGACACAGGUGGAGGGCGGCUCCACGCUGUUCACCCUCAACUACUUUGGGGAGCAGGCGUACCUGACACAGUCCUCUCAGCUCUACCUGGAGACCUGCAUCCCCGCACUAGGCGACACUUUCAGCAUCGCUCAGUCGUACCGGGCUGAGCAGUCGCGCACCCGAAGACACCUUUCAGAGUACACUCACAUCGAGGCCGAGUGUCCCUUCAUGUCUUUUGAGGAUCUGCUGGGCAGACUGGAGGAUCUGGUGUGUGACGUGGUGGACCGAGUGCUCAAAUCCCCCGCCGCGCAGCUGCUCUACGACAUCAACCCCAACUUCAAACCCCCAAAGAGGCCGUUUAAGCGGAUGGACUACACCGAAGCGAUCGAGUGGCUCCGAGAGAAUGACGUCAAGAAGGACGACGGCUCCUACUACGAGUUUGGAGAGGACAUCCCCGAGGCGCCAGAGAGGUUGAUGACUGACUCCUUCAACGAGACCAUCCUGCUCUGCCGUUUCCCGGCAGCGAUCAAAUCAUUCUACAUGCAGCGCUGCCCUGAGGACAGGCGCCUCACCGAGUCGGUCGACGUGUUGAUGCCAAAUGUGGGCGAGAUCCUCGGAGGCUCGAUGCGUAUCUGGGAUGCUGAAGAGCUGCUGGAGGGAUACAAGAGGGAGGGGAUUGACCCCACCCCGUACUACUGGUACACUGACCAGAGGAAGUACGGCACGUGUCCUCACGGCGGCUACGGACUGGGCCUGGAGCGCUUCCUCACCUGGCUGCUGAACAGACAUCACAUCAGAGACGUCUGCCUGUACCCUCGCUUCAUCCAGCGCUGCCGCCCCUGAGCCACAUGCAUACAUACACACACACACACUCGCAUACACACACACUCACACUUGCAUACACACACACAUUCUGUUGGUGUAUCCGGACCCAGGCAUGUGGCAGCACCCUGUCUGCUAUAAAAUGUGAAAUGUGUCGCGCCAACAUUAAGAAAUUCUAAGGAAUUUAGGAAUUCCCCCUUUUUGCUGGUUUCAUUUUUGUGUUUUCUGAUGAGCUCAAAUUAUGACUGUUCGAUGCCUCAAACUUUACAGCUUCUCCUGUCUGUUCUGUCUACGCCUGAAUCUGACCCGUUCUGCUUCAGCUUGUGCUUGUUUUGCUGGUUUUAGAUGAACACUAUAGUUUCCUGUGAUUCUUCUGCCUAAGAAAUUUGUAAAAAGGAAAAAAGUACUUAAACAUGCAUUGGCAUUUUAAAGAAAAAAAACCCCUACAUUUUUAAGUUAAUAUUUGCAGAUUCCUUUUGAAAAUAUUUAAACAAAACUGCUGUUAUUUGUAUCGCCACUGGCGGUACGAAGAUCUUGAAUCCAGCUUGCGUCUCAGCUUGAUUUGAGAUGAAGAGCAGGAAGUCGCACCAACUCAAUCACAGAAUUCCCUGCUUAGGAGAAAAGUUUCAUCUUCGUUUUCUGUGUAUGCAAAUAAGAAGGUAGAGAAAAG